CACACACAUUCCUGAAUCAGGUUGAACAGGUCUGGCCUCACUAUUCAGACUCAUUCUCACACAAACAGGAACAGAUUCGCGACGCAUUUAAGGACAGAAGACGAGGCUCCAGACAGUUCUACAGAGGCGCAGCAAAGAUGUCUCCACCUCCUCCGCCUGUGCCGAAGCCCCGGGCCCGAUACACAAGAGACAAUUUGGCACCCAACCCGACUUUGGAAAGGAAUCUAAACACUGAAUAUGCCCCACCAGGUUUCCCCAAUGGAGUUCACCAAAGCACAGGAUCUCAUGGCGCCGUCUAUCCGACUCUGGCGGGAAUUUCAGACCUCAUUUCCACCAACAUCCCGUCCAUGGCAGGAAUGAUGGCCUACAUCAGCGGCUCCGCCGCCGCACCAUCAGCACCGUCGGCCCCCACAGCUCCUCCUUUGGUGGACAGCAUCGCGAACAACAUCUCCUCUCACAUUCCCAGCUUAGCAGACGCUGCUCACGACGUGGCUGAGCCAAGUGCGCCCAGCAGCACGGACCCUGCACCUGCUGCCAGUAAUGCAGUUCCAAGUCUAGACAGCGUGCUCAGCUCAUUGGCUAAGAUGCCCACCAUCACUGGAGUUGUUAGUCCUGUUGCUAACCCUGCUGCUGGCUCCAACACAAGUACAGCCAACGCUGGUAAUCAUCCUUCUCUGGCGAAGACUAAGAGUGGCCCUCACACAGAUGUUGGAGCCUUGUCAAACCUGGUGAUGUCAGCACUUGACCCGAAAGCUGGGGUCACAUUACCUCCACUGGAUGUCCCUACUGAGCCCAGCUGCGAUCUCACCAUGGCUUCUAAAUAUGGUCAAGAGGAUUCCGAUGGCGCCAGUCUAGAAGACUUAGACUCGGACUCGUCAAAUGAGGAAGAGGAUAUGGAGGUUGGUCCUGGACAGACUAAGGAAGACCCUCCAGCUGCUCCUGCUGCCAAUCUCAAUCAACCAGGUCGUCUGAAGCCCAGUCGGCCGGCCCCGACGCCCCCUCGUCCUCCUGACCAAUCAAAGAAACCAGGGAAGCAGAAGAUCCCACGAGCUGCGACGAUUCGAGUUUCAAGAAAAAAAGGAGGAAGCGGGAAUGCAACUCCUAAAACAGCCGUGGUUCGUGCCGACUGGCUGGACGUCUGGAAGGGUAUCAGACACAGCGUUUUGUGGGCGACGCUGGACGGCAAUCAGCUGUCUUUGUGGAAGAAACGCACCGAUCGCUUCAGCGAGAUGCUCUUCCACACCUCCAGCAUCACAAAUGUCAAGAAACAAGACAAAGGAAGAUUCUCCAUCUACUUCCGCAAGAAACGUUACGACUUCAUGGCCCACAGUGAAGAGAUCCAGGACGGCUGGGUCACGUCCCUUCAAGCGUGUCGAGGUCAGCAGGGCCCCGCCCCCCCGGAACUCCAGGGCCAGAUCACCAUCAAAGACACCCGAAAAAAAGUCUACGCAGCAGUGUUGGGUCAUGACCUCUGGAUUUACCCCAACAAGGACAGCUACCAGCUGGGCAUCGCCUCCUACUGCGUCCCCCUGAAUGUGUCAUCGGUCAAAUCCACCGCCAAACACACGUUUUCUCUGGUGACGCCGUACAAGACCUUCAACUUAUCUGUAGAUUCCUCCAAGGAUCUGUCACUCUGGUUGGACGGGCUGUCAGCGACCAUCAGCAGCGCCUUGUCCUCCAGCCAGGUGGCGCUCCGUCUUUGGACCAACCCGUACAACAAAGUGUGUGGAGACUGUGGAGCGGCCGACCCCGAGUGGGCGUCGGUGAAUCUGCUGAUGGUCAUUUGCCACUCCUGCGCAGGUCCGCACCGUGCUCUGGGGACCAAACUGUCCAAGGUCCGCAGUCUGAAGAUGGACAACAAGGUUUGGACGGAGCCUCUGAUGCAGCUCUUUGUUGCUUAUGGCAACCGGCUGGCAAACCAAGUGUGGGCGCCGGCGGUGCCGGCAGCGGAGCAGUUGAGUCCAGACGCGUCGGAUUCUGUGAGGUCAGAGUUCAUUCAGAAGAAGUACAACCUGGGACGCUACAAGAGGCUCCACGCUCUGGCCAUGUCUCCGCAGCUUAUGGGAGAGAGGCUGCGUGAGGUCGUCUGCAGCAAUGAUAUCGAAGAAACAAUGUCACUCAUCUGCUCCGGCGCAAAGGUGUGUCAGACGGACCCUCAGGUCCCAUCCUCAGUCCAGCUGGCUGAGAGAGCAGGACAGGCUCUGCAGGUGGAGCUGCUGCGACUCAACGAGUACACAGAGGUGCCGCCGCAUCUGCCCAAAACAGCCUCUCAGAGAAGUGACCCCGCCCACUCAGACGCAGAAGAGGAGGAGCUCCAUGGUAAACUGGAGGAAGACAGAUUCCUGUUCUCCUUCGAGAACAACUCGGCGGCGUGCGACGUGCUGGACCUGCGGGAGGUCCUGUCCGUGUUCGUGAAACACGAGGGAGGGCAUCAGUUUGAGAUCGUCUCAUUGGACGAGCAGCUGGUGUGUGCGACCAACAGCGAAGACGACCUGCUGACUCAUCUGGUUCACAUCCUGAAGGUGAUUUUGCCUGGAGGCGUGUCUUAUGCAGAAGUGGGAGGGGCUACUGCAGUUAGCAAAGCAUGUGUUCUGGAAUUGGGCGUAGCCUCUCAGCACACGGACGCUUGGCUGCUGCUCUGGGAGGGCGGAGUCAGCAUCCACCCCACCGUCAGACACACGCAACCGACUCUGCAGAUUGACAUGAGCAUGCUCAGUCGCCAUGAAAUGAACGCCACUGAGAGCACUAUCACCAUGGUAACCAGAGACAGGUGUGUGACAGCACGGUUCGAGGACCAGUACAGCUGCCAGACCUGGUACGAACACCUGAAGAAAGCUUGGGCCAAUCAGAGCGCGGCACCACAUAGUCUGUACCCCGUGACUCACCUGAUGAAGGGAUCAGUGUCUCCCGCCAUCGAACACUGCAUCUCACACGUGACCAACUACGGUCUGAAGGUGGAGGGCGUGUACCGCCGCUGUGGCCUCGCCACUAAAGUGUCCCAGUUGGUUGAAGGCCUGAUGACAUCACCAAGCUCCACCCACCUGGAGAGUGACGAACAGGGUGUUCUGGAUGCAGCGUCCGCUCUGAAAAAAUAUAUCCGCCAAAAGGAGGCGCUCUUCCCAGAGGCCACCCGGCCGGACUGGGUGAAGGCAGCAGUGAUCAAAGAUGAACGCGCCAGAUUCUCAGCGUACAGACGGUUGCUACGACAACUGCCCGACAACAACCGAGCCACCAUGAGUGCUCUGUUCGGACACUUUUACUUGGUGCAGGUGUUCUCCCAGGUGAACAAGAUGUCUGCUCAGAAUCUGGCUCUGGUUCUGGUGCCGUCUCUUUUCGACUCUUUGAGUCAAGACCUGCUGCGUCUGAUUCGUGAGUUCAUCAUCCACCACACGCUGCUCUUCCUGACUCCAGAGAAGGAGGAAGAGGAGGACGAGCAGAUCACUGCACUGUGAGGAAGGCUGACGUGGAUCCGACCCUGCUGCUACAUGUGUAUAACCUCAGGUUAAUUCACACUACUACAACUAGUGUGAAUGUUUUGCGACGUCCUGACCAGCUUUAAUCAACUACCGUUCCUGUAAAUAACUUUUCUUUUGGUGAAUUUUCUUUUAAUGAAACUAGUUUAAUGACUAUUCAUCCGGCUAAUGCAUGAAUAAAUGAU